GUUGAUAAGGUCCAGAAAACAACAUGCGCAUAGUUUUUGUGAGUUAAGACGAAAUGUCAACUGAAGGUGCUUCAUGCUCAAGUGAAAUUUCAGUGAACGUAAGCGACGCGUUCCAACGUAUUAUGCUGAAUAAGAGAUUCGGAAGCUGGAUUGAAUUAGAUAAUGCGCUAAAGGAUUUCCAUAAAAUGACCCAUACACACUAUGUUCACGCAGAAAGUAGAUUGUUGAAGGAUGUGAGAUAUAAAUACUUGUUCGUAGUGUUUCGUUGCACGUUUGGUCGUAAACGUAAAUCAGAAGGUCUGAAUGUGAUUAAAAAACCGUCUAAAUUUUUAAAUUACCAAUCGAUGUUUCGCGUAAGAUUGGAGGGUCAACAAUACGUUAUAAAAUCUUACAACAUGACUCACAACCAUCCGUGUACUAGUUCAUGGAUGGUUUGUGAUCCGUUGAGUAGACGAUUGUCAUCAGAAGAAAAAGAAAACUUGAAACCAGUUAUAUUGCACUGUCAGUCGACGGACGAAGUUAUCGAAAGUAUUAAGGAAAGAACAGGUUGGACUCGGAAGCAGGUAUUGCAGAUGAUGCGACAAAACGGUGAAGUUAGAGAGCAUGCAGAAAAUGGAUCUAUUACGGCGGUAUGCUUCAGCAGUUAUGAUCAGAUACGGCUGUACAAUCAAUAUCCCGAAGUCGUGUGUAUUGAUUCUACUUAUAAAACUAAUAAUAAAAAGCAUUCAUUAUUCCAGUUAG